UCUCUCUCUCUCUGUUCCAACCGACUUCCGAAAUCUAUAAAUGGACACCAACUCCAACUGUCCACAAUCCCAUCAAAGUUGAUUCACACCACCAAACUAAUUAGAUCUUCCAACUGAUAUCGGCUUAUUAUCUUGCUGUUGAAGCAACAAAACUUGACGAUGUCUGUUAUCAUGUCGAAGCUCAACACUGGCUCUAGCGGCAGCGGAAGCUGCAAGUCUUUAUUAACCAGAAUCAACGGCAUAAUCUCCCACAAGAAGGCCAAAAAGCCAUGUUUAUCUUCUUUACCGGAAUCAAGGCUGACGGUAACAUUACCAGGGAAGGACUUAGAGAGGGUAUUCUGCUACUUCGACGAAGAUGGCGACGGUAAGAUCUCGGCUGCUGAACUGUGCAGCUGCUUGCAUAGCGUCGGGGAGGAAAUAUCGCCGGCGGAGGCUGAAGCUAUCGUCGAGUCGUCGGAUUCUGACGGAGACGGUGUGCUGGGAUAUGAUGACUUUGUUAAGCUCGUGGAUAUGGAAGAAGAGGAGGACAGAGAGACGACUAUCAAGGAAGCCUUUUCAGCCUACGAGAUGGAUGGCAAGGGCUGCAUCACGGCGGGAAGCCUCCGGCGUGGGCUGCGGCGGCUGGGAGAGGAGAAGAGCGUGGAUGAAUGCAGGGUUAUGAUAAGGAGAUUUGAUCUCAACGGGGAUGGGGUCAUUUGUUUCGACGAGUUUAAGCUUAUGAUGCUGUGAAUAGUUUAUUUACUACCAUAGAUCUUAAGUGUUGUCCGGUUGUAUGCUUGAUUGCUUGUAGGGUUUGUAUACGCGCACAGUUGAAAG